CUGAUCUUGAUUUAUACAGGCGUACAACAACAACAUUCCUGCGGAUCAACUUCAAUUGCUUGGUGCCAUUUCACGCGUGGCCACUUUAAAUAACAUCAGUUCGUGGACCAUCACUACAAUUGAUACUUUGUCAGCUUUGAUGAAACCUGAGGACGGAAAAUGGACUGCUGAUAAGAGCACAGCCAUCAUUACAAAAUAUUUAAAUGCUAACAAAACCUUGGAUGCUGUAGCACUGAAAGCUAUUGGCGGUGAGAACCUGUGCUCUCUUAGUCUGAGCCAACUGAAUAACAUUACAGCACCAAACCUGAGAGAUGCAGGGGCUUUGGAUAUUUCUGCAUGCACUCCUGACAAAAAGAAAGUACUGUACAAUAUAGCUUCUGCAGCUUUGAUCAACCAGAGCAGUGAUGUGCUGACUUACUACAACCUCAUCAAGCCCUAUCUAGGUGGUGCCCCUCUCACUGAAAUACAGAGAAUUAGUAAGCAGAACAUUAGCGUGGACUGGACAACUUUCAUGAGCCUUGACAAAGAUGUUCUCUUGCAACUCACCCCUAAUGAUGUUAAAUCCAUUCUUGGCACCAACUUGGGACAACUUCAAAAUGCACUACAGGAUCCUAAAAUACAGGCAUGGUUGGUGCUUCAGCAACAGUCAGCACUGAACACUCUUGGGAUAACUGGGUUAAUUGGAAAACCAGACCCUCUUCCAGGUGGCAUAAUAACAGCCUCAACAGUGGCAGCAGGAACGAACCUGGUCGUACCUCGUCUGCUGCAGACGCUCUUCACUUGUGUGCUGGUAGCUGCGUUGCAAAAAAUGCUGUAACUUGACAUUGUUUUUUUUUUUUUUUUUUUUUUUUUAAUGUAAUAACAUAUAUUCUGCCAACUGUCUUUUGUUUACUAUUCUGGGGGGAAAAAAUGAAUAAACACUGCCAAUGUGAAAACAACGAGGGAGGCUGUUUAAUGCAGUGUGGUGGAUGUAUAGUUAAACGGUUAAGCUUUCGUUUCUCUUGUCAUCUAUUUGGAAGACACAACAGUUCUUGAUGACCCGGUGUCAUACAAGGCGAUUCGUGGUGGUGCUGUUGACUUUCGUGCCCCUGUCAGUAACAAGAAGAUUGUCAUGAAGGGAUGUGUAUAAUAUAAUAGAUCAGAUAAAACGUAUUAGAUUAUAUAUAUAUAUAUAUAUAUAUAUAUAUAUAUUUUAUUAUUAUUAUUUGUAUUAUAUACACGGACCCUGAUUUUCAAGCAAUGUUAAAAAAUGAUUACCGAUUAAUUAACACGGCUUUAAACUGACUACUUUGGCGUGCGAUGAUGAAGGUGUUCUUCCUGACAUGUAUGUCGCAUGCAGUUGUUUCUUGUAUUGUAAUAACCUAAUAAAAAAAUUAAUAAAAUCA